AUGUUUGAACAAUGGGAGUAUCUGGAACAUGGCCUGGGUGCUUGGGCAGAAGCACACCCCGCUGUGGGCCGCAGCCGAACGACCCUGCCACGGAGCAAGCAGUAUAUCCUGGCUCAUGCAGUAUCCCGAAAUAGACUAUUUAACCAGUACGGAAUUGCUGCUUUAUCCUGCUCGGCAAGCAAACUGCUCGGCAGGCAAUUCACUAAUAAGCCGAGCCUACAGCGCGAUACAGGUGUCAACGCAGGUUUAAUCACCACUGAGGUAGCACCGACGGCAGCCGACCGCCACUAA